AUGGCUGUGGGCGCACGGCUCGGCUUCACCAUCGCGAUGAUGAAGGAAAUGGCGCGUGCUGAAGCCGCUGGCGCUUUCGUCAUCGAUAAGCGAAAGCAAAUUCACGUCUUCGAGGCCUCCACGAAUCCGCAACGCGUCUCUCUGCCUAAGCAAGUGUACACGGACGCGCCCGGUGCAUUUACGGGGAUUCCUUUUUCGAAGGAGAAACCCAUUGCCAUUCUCGUUUUCGCAAUGAGCAUGUACGAGGAUGAGGAGCUACCUUCACGACGUGCGCUGUUGUCCACUGGCAAUGCUGACAUUUCCGGAACGCGCUGA